AUGAGUGGUAAAUUUGGCAGAGUAACAGGAAGUGAAAGUUGGAGGUUUGCACAAAGUUUCGAUGUGGGACUUUGUGCAAGUUGCUGUGGUGAUGACAUGCGUCCUUGGAGAUUAGGUUCAACAGUCAAGAGCUUCGGCAAUCGGGAGCUUCGGCAGGGGAGAAGGCGUGUCUGCCUUGGUGCUAGUCGUCUUGAGGCUAGAUAUGCUUGGUUGAUUAUGACGUCUGAAAGUUCCAGUAGAGAAAGUCAUGACCCCCCUGCCUUUGGUGGGGAAGAUACUAAAAGUGAGGAGCCAAGUCAAUAUGUGUGUUCCGAAGGUGAGAGUUCCGAGACAAAGGUUGUGGUAGAAGGUGUUAUAGAAAGUAGGAUGGUAGUAUAUGAAGGUGAGAGGGGUGAGCCAUCAGUGGAUUCUGGGUCAGCUGCAUAUAGGGAGAUGCAGAGGAAUUACAAAGUGUUAGAGGCUAUAACUGAUUGA